UUAACCCCUGUGCUUGUCAGUCCACUCCUCCAGGGUCUCAGUAGUAAGCAAACCCCCAAUAGUCUAUGUUCCUAAGGUGAAGAAGGAGCAAAGACACUAUUUCAUACUUGAAGGCGUCUUCACUGGGGAAAUUUGAGGAAAAGAAAGAGUCUGGGAUUUUCCUUCAUGGUUGAGCUGCCACAUCAGAAUAGCAGAAAGAACCUGCCAAGACAAUGACAGUCACUUACUCCAGUAAAGUAGCAAAUGCCACCUUCUUUGGAUUUCACAGAUUACUCCUCAAGUGGAAAGGCAGCAUCUACAAAUUGCUGUACAGGGAAUUUAUUGCCUUUGCUAGUCUUUACACAGCAAUAAGUGUGUUGUACAGAUUUUUUCUUACAGGAAGCCAAAAACGGUUCUUUGAAAAAUUAUCACUUUACUGUGACAAAUAUGCUGAACAAAUCCCAGUCACCUUUGUUCUUGGAUUCUACGUUACUUUGGUGGUGAACCGCUGGUGGAACCAGUUUGUGAAUCUGCCAUGGCCAGACAGACUUAUGUUCUUGAUCUCUAGCAGCAUUCAGGGAAGAGAUGAAUACGGGCGCUUACUUAGGAGGACUCUAAUGCGUUAUGUGAAUUUAACUUCCCUGAUCAUCUUCCGCUCAGUGAGCACAGCUGUAUACAAAAGAUUUCCAACCAUGGACCAUGUGGUAGAAGCAGGUUUUAUGACAGUAGAUGAAAGAAAAAACUUUGAUCAUCUUAAGUCUCCCCAUCUUAAAUACUGGAUUCCAUUUGUCUGGUUUGGAAAUCUAGCAUCUAAGGCACGAAAAGACGGUAGAAUUAGAGACAGUGUAGACCUUCAGACACUGAUGAAUGAAAUGAAUAAGUACCGGUCUUGGUGUAGUCUUCUAUUUGGUUACGACUGGGUUGGAAUUCCACUGGUCUACACACAGGUUGUCACUCUUGCGGUCUAUACCUUCUUCUUUGCAUGUCUGAUAGGACGUCAGUUUUUGGAUCCUGAGCAAGGAUAUGUAGGACAUGACUUGGAUCUUUACAUUCCAAUCUUCACACUGUUACAAUUCUUCUUCUAUGCAGGAUGGCUCAAGGUUGCUGAGCAGCUUAUUAAUCCAUUUGGGGAAGAUGAUGAUGAUUUUGAAGUAAAUUGGUGCAUUGAUAGAAAUUUGCAGGUCUCACUUCUGGCUGUGGAUGAAAUGCACAUGAACUUACCAAAGAUGGACAAAGAUAUUUACUGGGAUGAUUCAGCUGCUCAGCCACCAUACACACUGGCAGCUGCCGAUUACUGUAUUCCAUCUUUCCUUGGAUCAACUAUUGAAAUGGGGCUGUCCGAUACAGAGUUCCUCCGUGGGGAAAACUGUCCCUGGGAUGAUGAGAAAUACAGGCGACAGCCCUCAGUGCUGAGAAGAGUUAAGCGAUUUCUGAGUGUCCAUGAAAGCUCUCCUUCCCCAUCCAGGAGGCGCUACAGCAGACAGACAAGUGAGAACUCCGUGUUUUUCCCUGCUCAUGAAAAGGGUCACAUCAGCAGUUUGCAAGAAAUGCAUUCUAGAGGGAGACAUUUUGCCUCAAAGGUUAAGAAGAAACAUGAGCUGGCUGAUAGGAAUCCCCGACUGCACGCUAGCAUAGAUCUAGCAACUAUUAGUGAAACUAGCAGAACCAACAUUUUAGAGAGCUACCAAUCUAGUGAGAAUGACACAACAACCAAGACAGCUUUGCCAGUCCCCGAAGCAGUUGUCGCUGCUACUGAGGACAGAACACUCAACGCAUCAGACAGACAGACUUUGCAGACAGAUACCUCCACAAACGUGUCGACAGAACAGGCUCCCCCAGGCAGUCCAAUUGAGCCACAUUCUGAUCCUGUGGAUGCACCACGACCUCAUUCAGAAAUGGCUAUGUCUUUUAUGGAUUCUGGGCAGCAUAAAUCAUCCACCGUUGUAACAGAGGAACCAAAACCUGAUGUACACAAAAGUAUGACAGCAGGUGAUAGCAAAGAUCAACACGGGAGCUCUGAAAGAUGUUCCCCAGACUUCCAUAUGCUCAGUAUUCCAUUGCAUACAGAUGCUGCACCUCUUUUAUUGGAUUUUGGAACACCCUCUGGACAAAGCACCUUAAGUGGUGAAAGUAACAUUGCUGCUACCUCUGCUGCUAGAGAUACAGUUGAUAUGCAUCACUUAUUGGAACAUAUGGAUGCUAAAGAAACAGCUAUACUAGAAUUCAUUAAUGAGAAGAAUGAAGGAAAUCUCUGACAAGGUUGUCAGAAUCUUCUAGAUUCCAAUUCUAUUCUAUUAUUUACA